AUGCCCCGCACAGAACUAUUCACAUACACAAGCGGUCGUUUCCUCGUCAACGAAGAGGGUCAAUUUUCUAAACGAUACCGCGAACUCAAUAUAGACGCUCUCUGCGAUGUCGCUGCCUCAACUUCAUCUAGUAAUGGGGGUAUAUCCCGAAUAACGGCAAUCGAGAAACUAGAAGGAGGGUUUAGCAAAGCUUUACUAAUGAGGAAGGAAAAUGGAGAGGAAGUGAUUGCGAAAAUUCCGUAUCGGAUUGCUGGUCCGGCGGUGCUCACGACGGCUGCAGAGGUGGGGGUGUCGGAAUAUCUAAGGAAAUACACCACCAUCCCCGUCCCUCGCGUCUUGAAUUGGUCCUCUGAUAUCUCGAACCCUGUCGAAGCAGAGUAUAUACUCAUGGAGAAAGCCAAUGGGGUCCAAUUAUACGAUCGAUGGGGGGAGAUGGCAGAGAUCGAGAAAAUGGAGCUAAUAAAGCACUUGACCCAACUUGAAGCACAAUCAUCGGCCACCUCGUUCCCUGCAUAUGGGGGUUUGUAUUUGCGGGAUGAUGCGAGUCGCUUAAAACACCAAGAUAUUGAUGACGAUGUGGAUAAAGACAAUUUGUUCUACGUUGGUCCUUCGCCUGAAGCGUCUUUUUAUGAACUUGAUGCGGCUGAUGGGGUAGUUGGCGAGGAUGGACAAACACCAGAGAGCCAUUCACUCAUCUGCCGUGGAAGAAAUGAAGAACAAGCCAGCCUUCUCGAAGCCACAAUAGCACUCAUGCGGAUGCUAGACUCACACCCCAUUCUCUCCCAAUUCUCCCAACCAACACUAUGGCACACAGACCUUAUGGGAAACAUCUUCAUUACACCGGAUGACAACUCCCGAAUCACAUCCCUAAUCGACAUCCAAUCACUCUCCAUCCGCCCACUAUUUCUUCAAACCCGCUGGCCUGAAUUCCUGCAACCUCCUCGAGAGUAUCCUCAAGGCUUUAUACAGCCUACCCUCCCCGAGAACUUCGAUGACCUGGAUCAAGAAGACAAACCAUUUACUUUAAAUCAGUGGGACCUGUCCAAAAUGGCAAGGGCAUAUGAAUUAUCCACUUUUCUUGAAAAUAGACCCGUUUAUAACGCCAUGAAUGUGCCGCGUGUUUUUCGAGAGCUUUUCUCCGCCUCGAAGAGGUAUCUUCCGUCGGGAUCGUACCGCUACGAGAGUGUUUGA